CUCUGACCAAUCAGUAUGGGCUGAAGGAUUAUUGGUGUUUUAUGAAAUUUUUAAAUAUUUGGAAAGAAAUGUUGAUCAUCCAAUGCUAUGCACAUCAUUGAGAAGAAUAGACGCAUUUGAAAAAGACUUAGAAUUCUACUUAGGAAAAGAUUGGAAAAAGACAUAUGUUAUACGAGAAAGUGUAGCAAACUAUUUGAAUCAUCUGCAUUAUUUGGCUGAUAAUAAUAAGAUUUUAUUGCUGGUAUACGUUUAUCAUUUAUACAUGGGUUUACUGUCUGGUGGCCAGAUUCUCAGAAAAAAACGAGCAUAUUCUAUACUACCAAAGCGAACAAAAACAAAAAAUAUACCAGGAGAAGCAGUCACUGAUUUUGAAGGUGCUAAUUUAUACAAUUUAAAAAAGAAGCUUCGGGAUGAUAUGGACAACGAAGCACGCAAAUUUAGUGAGGCAACCAAGCAAUUGUUUAUCACAGAGAGUAAAAAAUUAUUUUUGAUGAAUAAUAAAAUAAUUCAGUCAAUUGAAGGAGCCGGUAAAGUUGUUAUGAGAAAAUUUUUGAAGUGGCUACUUAUUUUAAUUGUAACUGGGUUAAUAGCAUAUAUGUUAUACAAACUCAUAUUGUAAGAAUUUGACAUCAAUUCUGUUGACAAAUAAAUAUUCAUUGUAAAC